AGCCCACUUCCUCUAUGCUCGCUGUUUCCAGUUGGGUAAUUCCUCCCGUUUAUUUCAGGGUUGGCUUCAGUUCCUGUUACUUCAUGGCUGAAACACAAAGAUAGUGCGAACAUGCGGUGCAGUGUAGGGGACACUCGACAUUAUACACAUAGAGACGAUUUGAAUUAUUUUAUCUUGCGCAUGCUUAAUGUCUCACAUCUCUGACUGUAUUUUAAAAGGCGAUUUUCUUUCUUUUCUGGUAAUGGGAUAAAGGAAAUGUAUAUCUUUCUAUUCAUAUUUAUCCUGGGUGUUAUCCCCUCCAUUUGUCAAGGCCAACAUGAGAACAUCUGCAACGUUGUCCCCAAAGAUAAAUACAUUGAAGUGGGAUCCGAUAUAGAUGUAGUGUGCCAGACUUCAUGUGUCCAUGGCAAAAUCUUCUGGAAACUCAACAACAGGCCUGUAGAUAAAAGCCUGUCAAACACUAUCAACUCGUCACACACAGUCCUGUCACUGAGGAACUUCACUUACCAAAGCUCUACACUGCAGUGCCACAGUGAAGAUACUCAUCAAGUCCUUGGAGGCACCACCAUCAGAACAUACUCAAAACCCAGCAAAAUCUCAUGUUUUCUGCAUAAAAAAGAUCAGACAAGUGAAGGUUCACCAGACCACAUCACAUGCAAGUGGGAGCAUCAGGUUCAUCCUUCAUUGGAAAUAAACUACAUACUCCGUGCCUCUUCGUCAGUGCCUACCCGACAACCUACCUUUGAAAUCUGCGAGAGUUCUUCAACAAACUGCAACAAUACAAUUAAUCUCGAACCAUGGCGGAAGUACACUUUUACUGUGAGAGCAAAAACUGAUGCUUGGGAAGUUGAUUCUGACCCUUUUGAAUUUUACCCAGAUGAUAUAUUGAAACUUAUACCACCGUGGUUAAAUGUAACUACCUUCUCUGAUUAUCUGUUGGUUGAUUGGAGACGUCCAUAUUUUCCAAAAAGGUGUCACUGUCAAGUCAAAUACAGCAAGGCUGUCAAUGAAAUAACUUCAGAGUGGGUGCUCAAUAAGACUCUAAAGGAAAAGGAACACGGGAAGGUGACCAUUGAAAAAGUGGAAUCCUGCAGUAACUACACAUUUGCAGUCCGCUGUGCUUUAGACAAGGCCCCCUGGAGCGACUGGAGCCAGAAGAAAGUUCUGACCACCAAACUAAACAAGAGGGAUGUCAAGCUGCGCCUGUGGAGAAAGAUUUCUGAACUGGGGAAAAGUGGACUUAGAAAGGUUCAUGCCAUGUGGACGGAAAUUCCUUCAACAUGUCAAGACAUAUUUACCUACACAAUCAAACAGACUCCCUACAAAGAACAUAAGAUGGGAGUAAAUUUUACAGAUACUUUAUGUGGCAAGUCAACUUGCGAUGUUGAUGUGAGCCAAGAUGCACACAGAAUACAUCUCAUAGUCCAUAAUGAAGCCCUGCUUGUGGAGUUUAAAGACUCAGUAUAUGUUCCAGCCAUUGGAGAAAGCCUCCCUCAAGUUACCGACAUCCAGACCUCAACACGUGAAGGCGUUGUUCUGGUCAGCUGGAAAGCUCCUAGUACGCCUGUCAGUGGUUACAUGAUUGACUGGACCCACAAUGGAAAUCAGUACCAAUGGAAGGAGAGCAAUGACACUAACACAACACUGUCCGACCUGCUGGAUAAGAAGCCAUACAAUAUUACAGUAACUCCUCUCUUAGAUGACAAGACAGGUCAUGGAACGCAAGCCCUUCAGAUCUGCUCCAGAGUGGCAGAUCCAGGAAAUAUUACUAUCCGUGUUCAGGCUAAUGACAAAAGUGCCCUUGUGAGCUGGCAUGUGAAUUCACAGGAGGCAUGCAGUGGGGCCGCUGUUAACUACACCGUCUUCUACCGCACACAGGACGGAGGACCACAGCUCAAUGUUACUGUCGAUGGAAAAGAGCGGGUCAUUUCCUUGAAAGAUCUGACUCCAGACACACAGUACAGUGUCUAUGUCAAGGCCACAGCUCUUACUGGAACUACCAAAAGCAGUGAGAACAGUUUUAAAACCAAAAGAUUUGGUUUGGGGCUCAUCAUAAUUGUCAGUGCUUGCGGAAGCAUCAUAAUACUUCUUGUGUUAUCUCUUGGAUUAAGCUGUGCUGUUCAGUGGAAGAAAUUCAGGGAGAAGCCGGUGCCUAACCCUGGCAACAGUUCUGUGGCAUUGUGGCCAGCUUUAAGUCGUCAAGAGGGAAUGUGUCCUUUCCAGCCAUUCAGCAAUCCAACUGAAAGCCUCUGUGACAGGGUUUACACAGAAGAAACUCAGAGAAUGUCCAUCUCUCCACUAGCUACAGGCUGUAAUGGUAACCUAAUGAGUGACCAGACAGAUGAAUACGUUGACCCAGGCACGGUUCAAGCACCGGAUGAACAGAAUGAAGACCCAGUUAAUCAUGCUGAGAGACAGCAUCUGUCUUCUCCGGAUGAUUCCACAGCACUGCUUCCUUCAGAAACCAGCCCAUAUCGAAGUCAGACUUCUGUGGAAAGCCCCGCCUCAAAACCCAUUAAUCAGUGUAAGCGUGUUCCAGUGAAACAACCAGAAAAGACAGCACUGGUGACGGUGUAUGUCACUUUAGACAUGUUUGACCAAGGUCAGGGCAGGUGAGCGAAAUAAAAACAAAACCAUAACAACGUUCCAAGAGUAAAGAGAAGUCAAUCAGAUCGGAAUUAUUUGGUUCAAGCUUGCCAAAGAAUUCCAUGAUUGUGGCUUGGCACUGUGCCCACUGUGGAGUAAAAAGAGAAUGAUUGUAAACUGAUAUCAGACUUCAUAACCCAGGUCCUAAAAUGCAGUGUUUUGUGUAAAUAAAUGUACAUUUUGCGA